AUGGACGUGUGGGGCCCAGCCCGUGUCCGUGGACAGGGCUGCAAGCGAUACUUUCUGCUGGUUGUUGACGACUACUCGCGUUACACCACGGUCUUCCCCUUGCACAGCAAGGGGGAGGUCCCUGAUGUUUUGAUCCCUUGGAUCCGCACUGUCCGUCUCCAGCUUCGCAAACGGUUCCGCCAGGACCUUCCUGUCCUGCGUCUGCACUCUGACAGAGGUGGUGAGUUUGCCUCCGACCUCUUGCGGGACUUUUGUCUCAUGGAGGUCGCUCGUACCUCCAUGAUCCAUGCGGCUGCUCCCCAUCUUCUGUGGUCGUUUGCGGUCCGGUACGCUGCGCAUCAGCUCAACCUCUGGCCCCGUGUCUCCUUGCCGGAGACCUCGCCUACACUGCGUAGGAUGGGGGAGGUUGGCCAUGCGCCAGUUUUCCGAUUCUGGGGCUCUCAUGCCUUUUUCCGCGAUGCCUCCGCGGACAAGCUCUCCUCCCGCGCCAUUUCCUGUGUCUUCAUUGGCUUUCCCCCUGACGCGUCUGGCUGGCAAUUUUACCACCCCACCACGUGCCGUGUCCUGCCCUCUCAGGACGUCACGUUUGACGAGUCGGUUCCCUUUUACCGUCUCUUCCCCUACCGCACUGCCCCUCUCCCCCCGUCGCCGCUCUUCCUCGCACCAGGUCCCCCUCCGGUAGACCCCCUCCCCCCUCACGGUCCUGCUCCCUCAAAUGUGUCUCAGGUAGACCCACUCCUCUUGGCUGAGCCUGUUGAGGUCGCUGUCGACUCUGGAGCUGGUGGGGGUUGUGCUGCUAGGGGUGCUGCGUCUGGGGGUGCUGGGCCUGGGCAUGCGGAGCCUGGGGGUGCUGAGCCUGGGGUUGCUGAGUACGAGGGUGCGGAGCCUGGGGGUGCUGAGUCUAAGCGUGCGGAGCCUGGGGGUGCUAAGCCUGUGGGUGUGGAGCCUGGGGGUACUGAGUCUGGGGGUGCUGAGCUUGGAGGUACUGUGUUUGCUGGAGGUCCUACGGGUGCCUCGUCACGGCGGGAGCCUCUCUCUCCACCGCAGCUGCGCGAGUGGUUUGCUCGGCGCACCCGCCUUCGGAAUGGUGCUGCUGGAGCUGGGGGGUCUGUCGCUGGAGGCACUGGAGCUGGAGGCAUUGGAGCUGUUGGUCCUGGAGGUGCUGGAGCUGCUAGUCCCGGAGGUGCUCGUAUUGGAGGUACUGCAGCUGCUAGAGCUGGUGGUGCUGCAAGGGCUGUAGCUAGAGACCCUGGAGCUGAAGGCGCUAUAGCUGGAGGUACCGGAGGUGCGGGAGCUGCUGGUCCUGGAGGUGCUUGUUCUGGAGGUACUGGAGCUGUUGGAGCUGGUGGUGCUGCUGUUACUCGAGGUACUGGAGGAACUAGAGGUGCUAGAGCCGCUGGUCCAGGAGGUGCUCGUACCGGAGGUACUGGAGCUGCUUGA